AUGGCUGUAUUUGGACAAACUCAAGAUCUUACAUCCCAGGAUAGAUAUGAUAUCUACCUACCUUUCUUGGCCAGUGUCGAUGCUUUCACCAAGAACCUGUGGCUCACGAAGCAUCUUCCAAUCCUUCAACAGAUCGCCCUCAAUUUACCCGAGAAGUACGCUGAGAAGCUAUCCCCAGGAUACCUUAGCUUCCGAAACGUAAGUCUCGCAAUCCGCGUGUGUAUCUCUGGUCUAAUUUUGUUUGUUUUAGCAAUGCGAGAAAUGGGUGAACAUGGUCAGGCUCGUCAUGAGAAGGGUAUACUUCAAACAGAGGAUGGUAGAGACACUGUGUUUGACUUGCUUCUUGAGUCUAAUGAUCAAAAGAACUACAAGGUGCCUGACAUGACCGAGCUGGUAGACGAGGCGUUUUUGUUUCUUAUCGCUGGCAGCGAUACUACCGCUUACUCCAUGGCCUGUGCAACCUACUACAUUCUGACUCAUGAGGAUGUCUUAUCAAAACUGAAAACUGAGCUCAGCGAAAUUCCUCGUCACGAUGACGGCCGCCUAGAUUGCAAGAAUCUUCAAUCGCUUCCAUACUUGGUAGGAAUGCCUUACUCGCCAUUUCCUUUGUCCCACUAA